AUGGCUCCUAUUUCCACAUCUAAGAGCUCCAGGAACAGAUUUCUCGAAUCGUCCAGCCUCUACCUUCACAUUUUGAGCUCACAUAUCUCCCGCCUCCUCAUUAAUAAAACCUUUAUCUUCACGACAUUCGCGUCAAUUCUCAUCCUCGGUCUGACGUACACGGAUGCCAGCCAGAUCAUUCUACCCGUCAUAGCCUCAAACCAACGAGCCACUCCUGCUAUCGCAAGAACAGGCAGUCCUCAGGCUAUCUGGAAUGCGGCCAAGACUAGGUAUAGCCAUCUAGAUGAGGACAAAUUCACCAUCGCCAUGCUUACCUACCGGCGCCCGAAAGAGCUGAACCACACGCUGUCAGUCUUACUCGAAGAAAAGAUCCCAUCACUUCAUGAAAUUGUCGUCAUCUGGGGCGACGUUGAUGAUUUACCGCCGACGAACUUCACAUCUAAGCAUGGAGUUCCUGUGCGAUUUCGGAGAGGUCUCCAAGACAGCCUCAACGAAAAGUUCCGACCGGAUCCCGACUUCAAGACCCAAUCCAUACUCUUAACAGACGACGAUGUGUACUAUCACCCCAACGACCUUGAAUUUGUAUUCCAGACAUGGAAGAAAUUCGGCCGAUACCGUCUCACUGGCGCCCUUGCUCGCUGCUACGAAAAGGAUGCAAAGGGUCAAUAUACCUAUAAUUUCUGUCCGGGAGAUAAGCGCGAAGAGUACUCGAUGAUCCUGACGAACCUUUGCUUUUCACAUAUUUCUUUUAUGGAUUAUUACUGGUCUGACGACAGCACCAUGGAAAAAGUUCGAGAAUAUGUCGAUCAACACUUCAAUUGUGAAGAUGUUGCGCUGAAUUACGUCCAAGGGCUGCUCACAGGACAAGGGCCCCUGCUGGUGACUGGUUGGGAGGAAUUUGUUAACCUCAACCCCCCAAGCGGUAUCAGCACAAAACCUGGUCACUUGGAGGCGCGGAGCAAGUGUUUAAAUGAUUUUGCAAAGAUUUUCAAGUCUAUGACUUUGGUCCACGAGACGGGAUAUAUUAAGAGAGGUGUUAAUUAG